UUCUGCGAGGGAGGAAGAUGGAGAGGAGGCGGAGGAGGGGGGGCUCCCUUCUCCUCCUUCUCCUUCUCCCCGUGACGGCGCCCUUCCUCCGCCAUGCCAUGGCUUAAGGGGCUCGCCGACAGCAGCCCAGCCCCGGAGGGAACCGCAGGCGGCCUCCUCCACAGCAGGCCCAGGCCUGGGAGGGCCAGGAGGCGGCAGAGGCAGCCAGGAGCAGGAGCAGGAGGCCUCGCUCAAGCGGCCCUGCUGGUCUCGGAGGGAGGACCCGAAGCCGGCGGAGGGAGCCCCUGGGGCCGACCCUGCCCUCCUCCUCCCGCUCUCCCUCCAUGGACACCGGCUGGGGAUAAUGGUCCGCCCUGAGCCGCCAGACCCAGGCCCUCCUCGCCUCCGGGGCUGCUCUCCGCGCCUCAGGACAUCGCCAUCGCCUCCGACAGCGACGACAAGGGGGCUCCUUCCCGGCCGCCUCCACUCCGCUCCUCCCAACCCUUUCCCCCCUUCGCCAGGGCUCCAAGCGGGGCUUCCUUCGGGGCCUCGGAGGCAGUGAGCCCCGGGGCACUCCUUCCGCCUCUCUUUCCCCAAAAGCCCAUUAGCCACCCCGACGCCAUUGCACCCUCCAUUUGCCUCUUCCUCCUCCUCCUCCUCCUCCUCCCUUUCCUUAGCUGUCUCUCUCUCUCUCACAAAAAGCGGGUCUCUCCUUCUCCAUUUUAUCCCCCCCUAAAAACCCCCGAGGUGUUUGUGUGUUUUUGUUUCCUUGGGGAGAACAACAAACAACCGAAAGAGAGGAAGCUUUUCCCCUUCUUCACUGGAGACAGCGAGGCAUUCAUUGGAAUUGGGCUGGAGAUAGGCUUUAUUUUAUCUCUUUAAAGAAAAAGGGGGCAUUGGUUUGUAUGUGUUUCGCCCAAUCGCUGGCCCUCCUCCUCUUCUGGGUGCCAUCCUUUCCCAAGCCCUCUCUUUGUGGCUGAAGCUCCCUCUGCCCCACAAAAUGUCUGCCCCCAUCGGGGCCCGGGGUGGCCCUGCUCCCCAGCCCCCUCCUCCUCCUCCUCCUCCUCCUUCGGAGCUGCCAGACCUCAGCCACCUCACGGAGGAAGAGAGGAAGAUCAUCCAGGCCGUCAUGGACCGCCAGAAGAAGGAGGAAGAGAAGGAGCAAUCCGUGCUCAAGAAAUUACAUCAGCAGUUUGAAAUGUACAAAGAACAGGUGAAAAAGAUGGGUGAAGAAUCACAGCAGCAACAGGAGCAGAAGAGUGAUGCUCCAACCUGUGGUAUCUGUCACAAAACAAAAUUUGCCGAUGGCUGUGGCCAUAAUUGUUCUUAUUGCCAAACUAAAUUCUGUGCACGUUGUGGAGGAAGAGUGUCUUUACGCUCAAACAAGGAGGAUAAAGUGGUAAUGUGGGUAUGUAACUCGUGCCGAAAACAACAAGAAAUCCUCACAAAAUCCGGAGCCUGGUUUUAUAAUAGUGGAGCAAAUACACCACAGAAGUCUGAUCAAGACGUUUUUAGAGGACUGCGGAACGAAGAAGCACCCCAGGAGAAAAAAGCAAAGCUGCAAGAGCAUUCCAUAUCAGGAUUGGAAAGAGGUAGAUCUCAAGGGCUCACAAGGCAAGAGUCCAUAAACGGAUCAGGAGGAAAGGUGGCAGGUGACACGGCAGAUAGAAAAAGAAGUCCAUCAAUAUCGAGAGAUCAGAACAGAAGGUUCAACCAACUGGAGGAGAGAGACGACUAUUCACAGUAUGCAACAUCAGACAGUGCAAUGCCAAGAUCACCAUCAGAUUAUACAGACAGACGAUCACAACAUGGCUCUCAAUUAUAUGAAGAACCUGAACUUGAUGAUUAUAGAGAUUCCAACAGGAGAAGUCACAGGCGUUCAAGGGAAUAUCCUUUAGAGGAAGAUGAAGUGCACAAUAGAGAGGAUUAUGAGAGGCAGCGGCGGGAAGAAGAGUACCAAGCACGGUACCGCAGUGAUCCUAAUUUGGCUCGAUAUCCUGUCAAACCACAACCAUACGAGGAACAAAUGCGUAUUCAUGCUGAAGUGUCCCGAGCACGUCAUGAACGAAGGCACAGUGAUGUGUCUUUGGCAAAUACUGAAUUGGAAGAUUCCCGGCUAUCGAUGAUGAGAAUGGAACGGCCAUCAAGGCAAAGGUCUGCAUCUGAGCGCAGAGCUGCCAUGGACCAACGUUCAUAUUCAAUGGAAAGAACUCAGGGACCAAGUCCCAAUCGGCAGAGGACCACAAAUCACAGCCCUCCUACACCUAGGAGGAGUCCAAUUCCUUUUGAUAGGCCAGAUUUGAGGCGGACUGAUUCAUUAAGGAAACAACACCAUUUGGACCCCAGCUCAGCUGUACGAAAAACAAAACGUGAAAAAAUGGAAACCAUGUUAAGAAAUGAUUCAUUAAGUUCAGACCAGUCUGAAUCAGUUAGGCCUCCUCCACCAAAACCUCAUAAAACCAAAAAAGGUGGUAAAAUGCGUCAAGUGUCCCUGAGCAGUUCUGAAGAAGAGUUGGCUUCUACUCCAGAAUAUACCAGCUGUGAUGAUGUAGAAAUUGAAAGUGAAAGUGUUAGUGAGAAAGGAGACAUGGAUUACAACUGGGACCAUACGUCUUGGCAUAGCAGUGAGGCAUCCCCUAUGUCUUUGCAUCCUGUAACCUGGCAGCCAUCCAAAGAUGGAGAUCGUUUAAUAGGUCGGAUAUUGUUAAACAAACGACUAAAAGAUGGAAGUGUGCCUAGAGAUUCUGGUGCAAUGCUUGGAUUGAAGGUUGUUGGAGGGAAAAUGACUGAAACAGGUCGGCUAUGUGCAUUUAUCACCAAAGUGAAAAAAGGAAGUUUAGCUGAUACAGUGGGACAUCUUAGGCCAGGUGAUGAAGUGUUAGAAUGGAAUGGCAGGCUUUUGCAAGGAGCCACAUUUGAAGAAGUAUACAACAUCAUCCUAGAAUCCAAACCAGAGCCACAAGUGGAACUUGUAGUUUCAAGGCCAAUUGGGGAUAUUCCCAGAAUACCUGAUAGUACACAUGGGCAGUUGGAGUCCAGUUCUAGCUCAUUUGAAUCUCAAAAGAUGGACCGGCCUUCUAUUUCAGUCACUUCUCCCAUGAGUCCUGGCCUGUUGAGGGAUGUUCCACAGUUCUUAUCUGGACAACUUUCAAUAAAACUGUGGUAUGACAAGGUUGGUCAUCAAUUGAUAGUCACAAUAUUGGGAGCAAAGGAUCUUCCUUCAAGGGAAGAUGGGAGGCCAAGAAAUCCCUAUGUUAAAAUUUACUUUCUUCCUGACAGAAGUGAUAAGAACAAAAGAAGAACGAAAACAGUAAAGAAAACUUUGGAACCAAAAUGGAACCAAACAUUCAUUUAUUCUCCAGUUCAUCGGAGGGAAUUUAGAGAACGAAUGUUGGAAAUUACUCUUUGGGACCAAGCUCGAGUUCGUGAGGAAGAAAGUGAAUUUUUGGGAGAGAUUCUAAUUGAAUUAGAGACAGCAUUGCUAGAUGAUGAGCCUCACUGGUACAAACUUCAGACGCAUGAUGUCUCUUCAUUGCCACUUCCCCAUCCUUCCCCAUAUUUGCCACGCCGACAACUUCAUGGAGAGAGUCCCACACGAAGGUUGCAAAGAUCCAAACGAAUAAGUGAUAGUGAAGUCUCAGACUAUGAUUGUGAUGAUGGAAUAGGAGUAGUGUCAGAUUACCGACAUAAUGGAAGAGAUCUUCAAAGCUCAACCCUAUCAGUGCCAGAACAAGUGAUGUCAUCCAAUCACUGCUCUCGGUCAGGAUCCCCUCAUCGUGGAGACAGUAUAGGACGGACUAGGUCAUGGUCUCCCAGUGUUCCUCCUCUACAACGGAAUGUGGAACAGGGGUCUCGAGGGCCCCGAUCUACUCCUGCACAUUACAAUACCAUGAAUCGAAUGGAUAGACAUCGAGUAAUGGAUGACCACAGCUCCCCAGACAGAGAGAGUCAUUAUCUCACUCUGCCUUGGUCCCAUCAUACUCAGUCCACUGAAUACCAUCAUAGAGAUGCCAGCAAGGAUCACUCAAUGUAUCCUAUCUUUUGUGAAGAUGCAAUCAGAUUACUUCGAUCCCGUACGAUGUGCCGUACCUAUUCUGAGGGUGCUUACUAUGAAUUUGAGAGGAGGAGUAGGAAGGAAGGAAGAAUGCCUAAUGCAUAUUUUGAUGACACUGAUAUUUCCCCUACUCCUGAAAGGUAUUACAAUGGUGCAAGUUCAUGGGCAGAUCAUGUAGUCAAUGGUUCAGCUGAAAACUAUGGAAGUGAAACAAUGGAUGUAUUGGCAGAUCAAGCUUCCUAUUCAGAAAGUGAACAUGUAGAUCCAGAAGAAAACAUGAGGAAUUGGGAACCUAGACUACCAUAUCAAAGAUCCAGAUCAACAGAACAGCGUCCUGUGCUAGAACGGCCCAGUCCCCGCUCCCGAUCCACUGAACGUCCUGAUUCAAACCUCAUGAGAUCGAUGCCUUCAUUAAUGACUGGAAGAUCUGCCCCUCCCUCACCUGCCUUAUCGAGGUCAAAUGCUCGUAUGGGGUCUGUCCAAACAAGUCCUUCAGGUACUCCAGUAGCAGGACGCAGGGGUAGACAAUUGCCACAACUGCCACCAAAAGGAACACUGGAGAGAAUGCCAGAAAAUGGGGAUGAAGGUGCUAUGGAUGUAGAAGAGAGAAAUCGCCAAAUGAAAAUGAACAAGUACAAACAGGUAGCAGGAUCAGACUCCAGGCUGGAGCAAGAUUAUCAUUCUAAGUAUCGGUCAGGUCGGGAUCCUCAACGAGGCUCUGACAACAUUUCCACCAAGUCCUCUGACAGUGAUGUCAGUGAUGUGUCAGCAGUAUCGAGGACCAGCAGUGCUUCCCGUUUUAGCAGCACAAGCUACAUGUCUGUGCAAUCAGAAAGACCUAGAGGGAACAAAAAGAUAAGAAGAUCAAAAGAGGGAGGGGAGGAAGGGGAUGGGGAGAUAUUCCCAGAAGAGGAGGAGAAUCAGGAUCUUGAGAAACAGGUGAAAGAUGAACAAGUUGAUGAACAGGGGGAAGGGGAAGAGGUGACAGAAAACUGUGAUAAGGAAGAACAGAAAGAACCAGAAGAGAAUGAAGGGCCCCAAGAUGAACAAACUGAGGAAGGGACAGAAAAAGGAAAUAAAGAGGAUUUGCAAAGGACAUACUCCCAAGAUGAUCUCAGUGUCUUUACAUCCAAAAUGCAAAGCAGACAGAUGGGUGCUUCAGGACAGAACAUAACUAAAAGCACCAGCAUCAGCGGAGAGAUGUACACGAUAGAGAAGAAUGAUGGCAGCCAAUCUGACACAGCAGUGGGCACUGUGGGUGCAGGCGGCAAAAAACGGCGCUCCAGCAUUGGUGCAAAGAUGGUAGCAAUCGUGGGUCUUUCACGGAAAAGCAGAAGUACCUCACAGCUCAGCCAAACUGAAGCAGGUGGCAAAAAGUUAAAGAGCACAGUCCAGAGAAGCACAGAAACUGGGUUGGCCGUGGAGAUGAGAAACUGGAUGACACGUCAAGCAAGCCGGGAAUCUGCUGAUGGCAGCAUGAAUAGUUACAGCUCUGAGGGGAAUUUGAUCUUUCCUGGAGUGCGGUUGGCAGCAGACAGCCAGUUCAGUGAUUUUCUCGAUGGACUUGGUCCUGCACAACUUGUUGGGCGUCAGACUCUGGCUACUCCUGCAAUGGGUGAUAUCCAGGUUGGAAUGAUGGACAAAAAAGGACAGUUGGAAGUGGAAAUAAUACGAGCUCGAGGCCUUGUUGUAAAACCAGGUUCAAAGACACUGCCAGCACCAUAUGUAAAGGUGUAUUUACUAGAAAAUGGAGUGUGUAUAGCCAAAAAGAAAACAAAAGUGGCAAGAAAAACGCUGGAACCUCUUUAUCAGCAGCUGUUGUCAUUUGAAGAGAGUCCCCAAGGAAAAGUUUUACAGAUUAUCGUAUGGGGAGAUUAUGGACGUAUGGAUCACAAAUCCUUCAUGGGAGUGGCACAGAUACUGUUAGACGAACUGGACCUGUCCAAUAUGGUGAUUGGCUGGUUCAAACUUUUUCCCCCUUCGUCACUAGUAGAUCCAACUUUGGCCCCUCUUACAAGAAGGGCUUCCCAAUCAUCUCUUGAAAGUUCAACAGGACCUUCUUACGCUCGCUCAUAGCAGCUGUGAAACUGUUGUCAUAGCAACCAGCGUUACAAAAAAAAUUAACAGGUCGCAAACCCUGGUAACACUGCAUGCUUAAUGUUGUGUCUUUGAAGCCUGUUUCUAGGGCUAUAAAGCGAUUCUGUGUUCUCAGAGGAAGUUGCACACAUUGUGCUCUAAAGGAAGUCCUCAGGUGAAGGAGUGGAGCUGGAAAGAACUGAAUGGUCUGGAGUUCAGUGACACUCAACUUUUAGUCCAAUCUGAAGCCAUGGAUUAAAAUAAAGAAUCAAGCUGUCUCAUGCAACAAGAAUCCCUUUCAAUGGCACAUCUAUUUUCUUGCUCCUAUUUUGUUAUCUGCCCCGUCCUGCCCGCCCCCCCCCCCAAGCCUGGUUAUGCCACAGAACUAUGGAGCUACCCAAAGAAACCAUGCCACAAGUCAUUGGAAAGAUGGAAGAAAAUAGGGUCAAUGCAGUUAUUAACAGCAGGGGAAACUCGCCUUAUCAGAAAAGUUGAAGACUUACAGUGGCAGGCUUCGUAACUUCAGCUAUAGCUAGAGUCAAAUCCAGUGUGUGGACUCUGAAAAACAAAAUUCUGUGGCUAAACUGUACUGUAUGAAAUUAAAGACACUUUUUUGCAUGGACACAGAUUAUGCUGAACACUUAAAAUUAUUUUCUUGGGGCUGCAACUUGCAAAAAAAGAAUAAAUCAGCCAUUUUCAACAAUUUAUAUUAUUUUUAAAAUAAAUUUCACUAGUGCAUGGUUUUAAAAGGGAGAGAAUGCAACAGGGUGGUAAGACACACCAAGUUUAUCAUUCUUUAAACCAAUCAUGGUCUGUGUUUUUGCAGACAUAAAUGAAAAAUUAAUUAUUUCUAGCAAAUAUUUAAAAUUAUGUUUAUGUGACAACAAAUAAGUGUAAUAUAUGAAAUUUAUUUAAAUGUAAAAGGUACAAGCCUUGUAAAGUUCAACAAUAUGUGCAAAUUGUACACUUCUUUCCCCUUCUUGUCUGCCCCUCCCUCCUUUUGCUCUCUCAUUCCCUUCCUACCUCCCAGGAUGAUCAUUAUACUCUGAAACCGUUACUUUUUGACUGAUUACUCUCAUGCUCCAUAUUUGGUUCAGGGUUGCAGGUUAUUCUGCAUUUCUGAAAUCUUUGAGAAAAAUAUUGGUUAAGACAUUUUUCAAGCAUGUUGAAAAGAAUUUUGCAACAUGGCUUGAGGAGUACAUUACAAUAAUUCCGCAUGUAUUUGAUAAAAAAUUGAACUUUUUGCAGUUUAUUGUACAGUGCAUGGAAACUUAUUUUCUUUUUCCUCACCAUCAAAUUAAAUUCUACAGCAAAAUACUGGAAUCAUGUGGCCAUUUGUAAAACAUCUUCAAUAAAUUUGUUUUCAGCACCAGCAUCAUUCAUUCAAAGGUUGAACUAUCAUUUCUGGAUGGUUUUGAAGAAAUAACAAGAUGACAGUCUUGCUAAAUAUCAGCAUCUUAUCAUUUGCACUGAGCCAAACAAACUGCUACCCAUUUAGGGUCACCAUAAAUAGCAAUUAAACUUCUGUUGUGUUUUCAUGUGAUGGCAAAUUGGUGAAUAUGAGCCUGACAUUAAAAAGUCACGAUCUGAGCUGCAAUCCUGCACCUACUAAAUCUUUAAUGGUACCAACAUGCCCCAAGAGAUUUCAGGAUUGCACCUUUUGAUUUUUUAAAACGCCUUAAAGUACAUUCAGUUUAAUAAUUUUUGACACCAUCACCAAGAGCCUAAAUGCAAAGAAGUAACAUGCACCUGCCACCCGUAGCAGGUAUUUUAGGACUAUGGGAAGGAGGGAUGAAAAGGUGUGGAGUAUUGUAAGUCCAAGUCUUUAAUUAUCUCCUGAUGAAAGGGAAUGUAACUUGUUUAAGUGCAUCACUUUUUCUCUCUCUGUCUUUAGAUGCCUUUAAUCUCUAUCUAUUGUUUAAUGUUAAAUCAUUGCAAUAAUAUUUGAAUAUACAUAAUGUUUAAAUUAAGGCCAUGCACACAAAUAUUCUCAUUUUGUAUAAAAGAUCUAUAACGUUACCUCCCCCCCCAACAGACUGAAUAACCCAAAUGUACAUGAAUCAGGAGAGCAAAAGCAAGAAUUGAAAAUUUUCCUGAUACCUUUUAUUUGAUAAGGUGCAGAUAGACAUAGAAGAAAAUAAUGAGCACAGUACAUUAAUGUUGGCCAUCCACCAUAUCUGGGCACUGAAAUGAAUGGGGAAUGUGCAGCUAAAAUGCCCAAUGAAUUGCACCAUACAACAAGCUGGAACUCCAUUUCUGCAGCAGUGGAAGGAAAUGUGCUCAUGGAGCGUCUCUAAUCUUGUAAAUAGAGAAGUUGUUGCUGGUCGGAGUUCUGUAUCAGGGCCCUUGUAUCAAUCAGAAAUUAUCUAGCAUGGAGGACAGAGAUUUUUUUUAAAAAAACUUUAUAUAUAGUUUAAAUGAAAGAGGACUGGUAAGCUAUAUUGAUUGAAAUAAUUUAUGUUGGUACACACUACUGAUGAAUACCAAAAUAAUGCAUUGUCCCCUAGGGGAAAAAAUAUGUGUUUUUUAAAUUUAUUUAAAGACUCUUCCUGAUACUGUGACAUGCAGUCAAUGCAUUCUUUUAUGCAUAUUCCUAUAUAAAAUUAUUUUUAAUUCGUACAAGAAAGAUAUGACCGUAUGAAAGCUCUGUACAUACCUGGUCAUUAUACAGUAUUUAUUUUAAACGUUGAUUGUACUUUUUUUUUUAAUAUCCACAUGUCUGCAACUCUGCUUAUAUUUUAUUCAUGUAAAUAGCAUUCUUCCAGUGACCACAGCUGUCUUGUACAUAGUCUGUUUUAAAAGUAAAGAGAAUUGAAGUUGGGGAAGAAAUGGACAGAUUAGGCCUGUUAAUUAACACCGACUAAUGUAAAUCAAAUUCAUUCUGGUGAUGGCAUUUAUUUAACACUUUAAAUAAAA